AUGAGAAAUAAUCCAAGUAUAUCCAUUGAAAAUCAAUUAGAUACAGCCCGUAGUAAACAAGUAAAUGAAAACAGAAUAAAUAUUUUACCUAUAAUUGAAGUUAUUAUUUUAUGUGGUCGUCAAGAGCUUGCAAUACGAGGACAUAGAGAUUUUGGUAAAAUCAAUGUAGAAACAAUGCAAACUACAAAUGAAGGAAACUUUAGGGAACUAUUGCGGUAUAGAGCUCGUGGUGAUCUAAAGCUUAAAACAUUUCUUGAAGGUCCAGGUGAACGAAAUAAAUAUAUUAGUCCUACUAGCCAAAAUGCUAUUAUUGAUUGUUGCAACACGGUAAUACUUAAUAAAAUUGUAGCUAAAAUAAAUAAAGCAAAGUGUUUCACUGUCCUUGCUGACGAAACCGCCGAUGUAUCUGGUAUAGAGCAAGUGUCUUUAUGUGCUAAAUAUGUUGAUAUAGAUGAAUUAGUUGUCAGAGAAGAUUUUUUGCAAUUUGUUCCUACAAACGAUUUAACUGGCAAAGGCUUAGCAACUCUUAUUAUUGAAAAUUUAAAGGCGUUCGGGAUAGAACUUAAGUAUUUACGUGGACAGGGGUACGAUGGGGCUGCAGCUAUGUCUGGACAAUUUAAUGGUGUUAGGUCACAUAUUUCUCAAUUGUAUCCGAUGGCAACUUAUGUUCACUGUACAGCACACACCCUUAACUUGGCAGUAUCUAAAUCUUGUACAAUACAACCAAUUAGAAACUGCUUGGGUACGAUUGGAAAAUCACGAGAUUUCUUUGUAUACCCCAAACGAAAAAAUAUACUUUCACAAGCAAUCGAAGACUUUAAUGGAACAAUUAAUGCAAAAACAUUAAAACGCAACUGUGCUACAAGAUGGAUCGAACGUUUUCAUUCAGUUCACGAUUUUAUCGAACUUUUGGAAUGUGUCGUUGAUUCCUUAGACACUAUUAGUAGUUGGGCCGAUGGUGAUACCUCAAGUCAAGCAAAUAAUUUAAAAAAUUCAAUCUUACAAGGAGAGUUUAUCAUAUCACUUUUGGUUUUAUCGAAAAUAUUUGCAGUUGGAUUGCCACUAUCUAAACAAUUCCAAAGCGUUGCCAUUGAUUUAAGAGAAGCUAUGAUAUUAGCUAAUGCGACACUGUCUGAAUUAAAAACAAUUCGAAGUAACAUUGAUGAAUAUUUUCAUGAAAUCUAUACAAAAGCAUCUGUUCUAGCUCAGGAGUUGUGUUUUUCAAUAUCAUUACCUCGAAUUGCACGUAAACAAAAAAACAGAGAUAACUAUUCAGUGAACACGCCUGAAGAAUAUUUUAAAAUAACAAUAUUCAUACCUUAUUUAGAAUUGUUUAUUAACGAAAUUGAAUCGAGAUUUAUUGAACAUCAGAAAACAUUAAAAGGAUUUCAAAACUUAUUUCCAAAAACGUCAGAAAUGACAACACUUGAAAAAGAUGAAUUUAUUAGUUUGAUAGAUUUUUAUAAUGAUGAUUUUGCAGAUAACAAUAAAGAUAUUUUGGUAUCUGAGUUAAAACUUUGGCGACGUAAAAUACUUGCACUAGAUAAACAACCUACAAAUGCUAUGGAUGCUUUAGUUAUCUGCAAUAACAUGUAUCCAAAUAUAUACAAAUUACUACAAAUUUUAGCAACACUACCUGUUUCAACAGCUUCAUCCGAAAGAUCUUUUUCAUCAUUAAAGAGAAUUAAGACGUACCUAAGGAAUACAAUGUCAGAGAAAAGAUUAAAUGGUUUGGCAAUGCUCUCCAUUCAUCGUUCAAUAUCAGUAGAUGCAAAGGAAGUGUUGGACGAAUUAUCUAUUAACAAACGUCAAGUGGAUUUUAUUUUAUGA